GUCGGCGAUUCGCAUAGCAUAGAAAUCGAAACAUCGAGGUUGCUCGAUUUGGUUUCAAUCAAUCACAUAUUAUUAGGUUUUUGGGAUCCGUUCCGAUUCGCCAUGGACGAGGAUCAAGAGAUGGAGAGAUUCAGCAUGGACAAGGACUACGAAGGAGGAAGAUGGGAGAACGGCGAGUUCGUAUACGAGAAGAGGAAGGAGAAGCGGAAGCAAACCAAACACGACGCUAUCUACGGAGUCUUCGCCGAGAGCGAUUCGGGUGAAUCUAGCGGCGGAGGAGGAGGAGGUCAGAGGAAGAGACGCAAGGAUCGGGGCGCCUCGGGAAGGGAGGCCGACUUAACCAAGCCUGUCGAUUUUGUGUCCACAGGUAAUUUUACGCCGAAUCAAGAGGUUGUUAGGGAUUCUAGAGAUAGUGAGGAUGAUGCGAUUGAUGAUGAGGAUAGUGAAGUUAGAGGUGGAUUGGGUACUGGAAGGUCAGGUUUAGGGUUAGGGUUUAAUCAGUUUGAUGUUGAUGAUGAGGAUAAUCUGUUACCGGGUGCUUUUGGGAAGAAGAUAGCUGAGGGAGCGAAGAUGAGAGAGAAGGCGAGGAUGGAGAAGAAGAGAGGCCAAGAGGGUGGUGCAAAGGGAGGGAAGAAGGAUGUUUUAGGUGGUGGUGAUAUAGGUCAGUUUGAGAAGGCUACUAAAGGGAUUGGUAUGAAGCUGCUUGCGAAGAUGGGGUACAAGGGAGGUGGGCUUGGGAAGAACCAGCAAGGUAUUGUUGCUCCCAUUGAAGCACAGUUGAGGCCGAAGAAUUCGGGUCUGGGUUUCGAUGGUUUCAAGGAGGCAAAGUUUCCUGAUUUAAAGAAGGUUGAGGAGAAGAAGACUGCUGUUUCGGCCAGUGUUAGUGGGAAUGAUCAGGGUUAUGCAGGGAGGAAUCUUUGGAAGAAGAAGAAGAAGGUGAGGAAGGAGGUUUAUGUUACUGCAGAGGAGUUGUUGGAGAAGAAGCACGAAGAGGGUUUUGGUGGUGGGCAGACCAUUAUCGAUAUGCGAGGACCACAGGUUCGGGUUGUGACAAAUUUAGAAAAUUUAGAUGCAGAAGAGAAGGCAAGAGACGCAGAUGUUCCAAUGCCGGAGCUGCAACACAACUUGCGACUGAUUGUUGAUCUAGUCGAACAUGAAAUUCAGAAGAUCGAUAGAGACUUGAGGAACGAGAGGGAAUCUGCUUUAAGCUUGCAGCAGGAGAAGGAGAUGCUUAUAAAGGAGGAAGAGAGGCAAAAAACACACCUAGACAACAUGGAAUAUAUCUCAGAUGAAAUAAGUCGGAUCGAGCUGGAUAAUACGUCUGGGAGUUUGACACUUGAUUCGCUUGCUAGUCGUUUCGAGGAUCUGCAGACAAGCUAUCCUGAUGAUUAUAAGCUUUGUAACCUGUCCACCAUUGCUUGUUCGCUGGCCUUGCCUCUCUUUAUCAGAAUGUUUCAGGGCUGGGACCCUCUAAGGGACGCAGUGCAUGGUCUGAAGGCUAUGUCUUCUUGGAGAAAGCUUUUGGAAGUGGAGGAUAAUCAAAAUAUCUGGGUAAUGCCCACGCCUUAUAGCCAACUAGUCUCGGAGGUGGUGUUACCUGCAGUGCGUAUUGCAGGCAUCAAUACCUGGGAACCUAGAGACCCUGAGCCCAUGCUUAGAUUUUUAGAGACGUGGGACAAUUUGCUACCUUCAUCUGUCUUGCAUACUAUUCUGGACACCGUAGUACUGCCAAAACUGUCAACUGCAGUUGAAUAUUGGGAUCCACGAAGGGAACUUGUAGCUAUCCAUGUUUGGGUGCAUCCUUGGUUGCCAAUACUUGGUCAGAAAUUGGAGUUUCUGUAUCAGAUCAUUCAGAUGAAAUUGAGCAAUGUCCUUGAUGCUUGGCAUCCUAGUGAUCCAUCCGCCUACACUAUUCUUUCUCCAUGGAAGACGGUUUUUGAUGCUACAAGCUGGGAACAACUUAUGCGACGUUACAUAGUUCCCAAACUUCAACUGGCCUUGCAAGAGUUUCAGAUAAACCCGGCAAACCAGGAUAUAGACCGGUUCAAUUGGGUUAUGAAGUGGGCAUCUGCAGUGCCGAUACACCUAAUGGCUGAUUUGAUGGAGAGGUUCUUCUUCCCCAAAUGGCUGGAUGUGUUGUACCAUUGGUUACGUUCUAAACCGAGGUUCGAAGAGAUCCACGAAUGGUAUUAUGGCUGGAAAGGGUUAUUCCCGCAGGAGCUUUCAGCAAACGAGAGGAUCCGGAUCCAGUUGAAGCGUGGUUUAGAUAUGUUGAUGGAAGCUAUCGAAGGAGUUGAAGUGUCUCAACCAAGGGCAAAGGCACAAGAGCAGAAACACUUUGAGCCGCCUCGGGCUCAGGCCAAGCCUCAGAUGGAUAACAGUGAGGUGCUGAGUUUGAAAGAAGUGUUGGAAGUAUUUGCACAGGAGAAGGAGUUGCUGUUCAAACCCAAACCGAAUAGGAUGUACAAUGGUCUUCAGAUAUAUGGGUUUGGGAAUGUGAGUGUGGUUAUAGACUCAGUGAACCAGAAGCUGUUGGCUCAGAAAGAUGGAGGCUGGUUUCUUGUAACUCCUGAUGACUUAUUGAGGAUGCACCACAACAAUGCAACUGUUUCUGGUAAACGGUAGAUUACAUUUGUUUUUUGCUUAUUAAUGGAAAGGUACUUAUGUUGUAUAAACCAUCUUCAUACCUAUCACUACUUAUGAAGUUUGAAAGAAUCAUUUAAGAGACA